AGUUUCUGGGAGCCAGUCCUGCAGCCACCAGCUCCUCUGUCCCCACCCGGGCGUCACGAUGGAGCUCCAAAAGACCCCAGCCAGGAAUCUGGACAAGUUCAUUGAAGACUAUCUCUUGCCAGACACACGGUUCCGCAGGCAGGUCCGAGAAGCCAUCGACAUUAUCUGCAGUUUCCUGAAGGAGAGGUGUUUCCGAGGUGCCGUUCCCCCUGUGCGGGUGUCCAAAGUGGUGAAGGGUGGCUCCUCAGGCAAAGGCACGACCCUCAGAGGCCGAUCCGAUGCUGACCUUGUCGUCUUCCUUGACUACCUCACGAGUUUCCGGGAGCAGUUCGAGCGCCGAGCAGAGUUCAUCGAGGAGAUUCGAAGGCAGCUGAAAGCCUGUCAAAGAGAGAAGAGGUUUGACGUGGAGUUCGAGGUCCAGGGGCAGCAGUGGGCGAGGCCCCGCGCGCUCAGCUUCGUGCUCACGUCGCCCCAGCUCAAUGAGGGGGUGGAAUUUGAUGUCCUGCCUGCCUUUGAUGUCCUAGGUCAGGUGACUACAUCGUACAGACCUGACCCUGACAUAUAUGUCCUACUCAUCAAAGAAUGCCAGUCCCUGGGGAAGGAGGGAGAGUUCUCCCCCUGCUUCACGGAGCUGCAGCGAGCCUUCCUGAGGCAGCGGCCAACCAAGCUCAAGAGCCUCAUCCGCCUGGUCAAGCACUGGUACCAAAAGUGCAAGGAUAAACUUGGGAAACCACUGCCAGCACAGUACGCCCUGGAGCUCCUGACAGUCUAUGCUUGGGAACAGGGAAGCAGACAAACAGAAUUCAACACAGCUCAGGGAUUUCGGACUGUCUUGGAACUAGUCCUGAACUACCAGCAGCUUUGCAUCUACUGGACAAAGUAUUACAACUUUGAUGACCCUGUUAUUGGACAAUACCUGAAAAGGCAGCUCAAGAAACCCAGGCCUGUGAUUCUGGACCCGGCUGACCCCACAGGAAACGUUGGUGGUGGAGACCCACGCGGCUGGCCUCGGCUGGCACAGGAGGCGAGAGCCUGGCUGAGUUACCCGUGCUUUAAGAAUUGGGACGGGUCUCCAGUGGGCUCCUGGGACGUGGGGCCUGAAGAAGACAGCGAGGACGACACUUUGACCUGGGCUGAGCGCGCAUAUUACCAGUGCGACCACGGAUGGCGCCCUGAAUUCCCGCAGACCGGCAGCACGCCCCAGAGGGCAUCCGCUCCCGACGCGGAAGAGAACUGGACCUGCACCAUCCUCUGAGCGCCGGCGCAGCGUGGAGGAGAGGACUCCAGAGUCGGGGGGGCCAGCCCCCUCAUUUCCUGGGCGGGAUCUUAUCGGCUGUGACUUGGCAUCAGUCCUAGGACCAGAAUCCGGGUCUCCUGACCCCUCUUCCUGCUGUUCCCCUCUUUCUCGCCCUCCCUAGGUAGCGCUGCCCGCAGCCUCAUCCCGCCACAGCCUGUUUUCUGACAAUAUUCUCUGAGAGGCAACAGUUGAGGUUUAGACAAAAGAGUGGAAACUCAGCCUUGACUUUCUUCUGUGUGCCUGGUGAGAAGGUUAUGGUCCAAUUUAUUAUCAAUAACAAUAAAAAUAAUAGCAGAUA